GCUCCUCCCCAACAACAGAUUCCGACCUCCGACGAGAAUUGAAGCUGCCACAUUGAAGAGGAACAAAAAGGCGACCUGACAGCGGUUUCUGCACUCCCUCUACUUUCUCCGGGGUAGUCACGGGAUUUCAAUGUUCAGCCUGCUCUUUGGUUUCCGUGUUGACUUGAGCCGUACCUAUAUGGCGUGUGUGAGCGGAGAAUUCUGCCAGGCACAGCACCUCACCUCAGCGGAGAAGUGAAUCGGCCACCCUUUGAGGGACUACGCUACCCAGAAACCCCCCUGACUGCCAGCACACUAAGAACUGCUGACUCCAAAGCCCACCUGGGAUAUUGCGUAGUCCUUGCCACGACUGCCCUGCCCUGUCCCAACCGAUACGAAAAAUCUUUGCUUUCAACUUUCUCCUUGAACAGCCAAUCACAAACAGCUCUCCUGAAUGGGCCGUCUCGCCAACAUGAACCGCCCCGCUCCAGUCGAGAUUCCCUACGAGUGCAUGAGGUUCCUCAUCACCCACAACCCCACCAAUGCCACACUCAACAAGUUCACCGAGGAACUGAAGAAGUUUGGGGUGAACACGCUGGUGAGAGUUUGCGAUGCCACCUACGAUAAGGCUCCAGUAGAGAAGGAGGGAAUCCAGGUUCUGGACUGGCCCUUCGAUGAUGGUGCCCCUCCCCCUACCCAGAUUGUAGAUGACUGGCUCAAGCUGCUGAACACCAAGUUCCGAGAAGAACCCGGCUGCUGCAUUGCUGUGCACUGUGUUGCAGGGCUUGGCCGAGCUCCAGUCUUGGUGGCCUUGGCCCUCAUUGAGUCUGGGAUGAAGUAUGAGGAUGCUGUGCAGUUCAUAAGGCAGAAGAGACGUGGAGCCUUCAACUCCAAACAGCUUCUUUACCUCGAGAAAUACAGACCCAAAAUGCGUCUGCGGUUUAAGGAUACUAACGGCCAACACUGCUGUGUGCAGUAGGCUGCCCGUCAGUGCAUCUUUCUAUGCGCAUUUAGUUGGUAAUCUUCCAACAAGGGGAGAUAACAAAUGAAGAGAGUGCUAUCAGUAAUUAUUGUGAUGAUUUGUUAACACUGAGUCAUGGUUUAUUGAUCAGAGAGAAAGCGAGUGAUUGAAUGAAUGAAUCCAGAUCUGGGGAUCCACCAGCCGAACCAAUGAAUGGAAGGUCAAAGCACACAGAUAGGCCCGCCUCCCGGUUACACUGCUCAACCACGGGCCACAAUUUUUCAACUUGAGUCCAUCCUGUUUCUUUUUUUUUUUUUUUUUUUUUUUCAGUUGUAAUUAUUGGGUAACAUUUUUCCAUUUUGUGAAUUUUUUUUUUAUUUUUUACACAAAUGAUGGUGAUGAAAAUGUAAUAUUAAACAAUAUUUUACAGUAAUUAUGGAUAUUAUGAUUGGGCCAGAAAAAUGUACCUUUUUGAAAUAUUUUUAAACUUUUUGAACAAUGUGAUUGUCCAUUUUGGUAUUGGGGUCUUUUUUUUUUUUUUUGCACAAAAAACUCGAGGUUCACCUGAAAAUGCAGUAAUGUUUUCCUUUUACCCUUCACUUGCUUAAAGUCACUUUGAGUUUAGGGGUUCACUGAGUUUAACUGUGUCUGCAAUAUUUAUUCACAAGUUAUGAUAUGUGUGGCAGUUAAGAGUUUGGCAGGGGUAAAGGACACUUUUGUUAUCCAUUUUUUUUUUUUAUUAUUAUUCAAGAGCCAUGUGUUUUUCUUUUUUUUUUUUUGUCCUUUUUUUUUUUUUUUUUAAAUCUUGUUGGAGUGCAAUAAUCAGUCCACCUCACCUCAGACGAUCCCACAGAAACCCUGCUGACAUCCUACACACACACACGCAUACACACACACAUAUACAUAUAUACACACAUCGUUUUCUGAUUGUCAUUCAGGCAGAUAAGCAUGGAAAAAACCCUCCUGCAACAGGUACUUCUCCCCCAUUCGUUCUUCUUAACAGGGCUAAAGUAGGACUUCCCUAAAUAUGCAUAUUUAACUCGUAUUCGCAGAGCCUAAGAUCCAACCUGAAAGACAACGUGGAGAAGAAUGAAUAUGGUCAGUUUUUUAUCAUUGUACCCAUUUUGAAAACAUCCCCAAUUCGUAUUGGUUCUUUAAAGAUAAAUAAAAUCAAAUAAAAAGCAUA